UAUUAAAUAAAAAUUCAAAUCAUCUGGUAAUGUUAUUUACAUUUUAUCCCGUAUUUCAUUCUGUUUUGAUUUGCAAACCAAAUUUACGGAAUAUCUGUGAUAUUUGUAUACUUCAUACUUCUAUCAAAUCAAAGCUCAAAUGUCUAAUUUGGAAUUAGAUGACGAAUCUAUCACGAAUAUAGAUGCCAACACGACAAUUCAGGAGCAAAUUCAGGAACUUACAAGACGUUUGCAAAAUGUCAAUGACGAUCUACAUCAUCAAGUACGCGAAAAACAUGAUGCUUUACUUCAGCAGGCAACACAUGCUGGUCGGUUCGAUGUUGCUCUCAAUACUUUAGCUAACGAUGUGGAACAAAUUCGUGGAACUGGACAAAAGUUAAAAUCUCAAAUUGAUACCCAAUACCAACAAGUCGAUAACCAAACGCGUAUUUUGGGACGAUUGCACGAGUUAUCACACCUUCUACGCUCGGCCGGCACAUUACUUACACUGACAGCGAAACUACGUUCUACAAAGGAUGUGCUUAAACAAGCGGAGCUUCAUUAUGAACUAGGACAAUUGGUUGAUGACGAAGAUUUGAAAAAAAUUAAUUUCGUUCAAAAUGCUCGAACCGAAGUUAUAAGCUCUCGACAAAAGUUAAGAAACCUGACACAAAUGCAACUUGUAACAGGUCUGCAGGAAAGGAAUGAAGCUUUAGUAAUUAAUGCUCUCAAGAUAGUUAAAAACUUCAACUUACUACAAAAGUCGUUAGAGAACUUAGUAGCAACGUACAUCUCCGACUUAGAACAAUCACUUAGAGAAUGCUUUGCUGGGACAGAUAUUACCGUCUUGACCAAAAGUGGUAACACCCUUUCCCCCAAACCUAGUGUUACUGUUCGUGGUCCUGGGAAAACACCUAUGCUGACUACGACUCAAAAUUUCAGAGCCAAAUUUUGGAAAUCACUUCACUGGCUAUUGUAUGAAGAGCUUUAUGAAAGUUGCGAACAAGUAAAUUUGUUAAAACGCGCUUUGGAUCAAAUAAGACAAUUCGGCUUCGAUUCCACAGAAAUAUAUGAUGUCCAUAACCAUUUUUGGUUUGCCGUGCAAGAGCUACUACGCAAAAGCUUUACUGAUAGUCCAGCUCAUGUAACGCAAACAUUGCAAGAAGGCUUAGCAAAAUUGUUGACCUCAGCACGCGGCUUCGAGCAGCGUUUGAAUGGUGAAUUUCUGUUCGAUAACGAUAUGUUCUCUUCAUUGGAAGUGGGCUAUAUAAGCAAGUGUGCCGCAAAUAUGAAAGCUUGUCUCGCUGGUGUCGACUUACCAUCAAAUGAAACAGUUGAUGCAUUUAUACGAGUUGCUUCUACAGAAUUAAGUGCUGCUCUAAUAGACACGCGCUUAACAAAUUCCGUUGGAGCUGUUUUUAUAGCUUGUGGCAAAGAUUUAUGCACUAAAUUGGAGUCACAAAUCAAAUUGGGUCCCGAUUCCAAACAAGUAGUUGACAUUCCAAACUUCCAGCAAACACAGAAUGUGAUAUUGGCAAAUAUUUUGUAUUACUUUAAAGACUCCGUUCGCCGCAUGUUAGCCGACUUGAACGUGCAAUUUUCGAAAUCAAAAUCUUCGGCACAGCAAGAAAUAUCAAAAUCUUUGGAACAAACAAAUAUUUUAAUUGGCACCAUAUUACAGCAGAUUAUGGAUUCAAUUUUGUCAACGAUUAGUAUUAUACUGCUCAGCAUGCAUCGGGAACCAGGACUUAGUUCCGAAAAAAUAUCUACUGUCGGCCCUUCAAUGUACAUGAAGGAGUUGCAGGAAUUUAUUAGCCGUGUCUGGCAGAAUCAUAUUGGCCCCUUCGAAGAUAAAGAGAUGGUGGCGAAGUGUGGUCAUGAAUUGGCUAAACGUUGCAUAGAAUUAUUUGUGCACAAUAUGAGCAUUUUGCGUCCAAUCAGCGAUGCCGGGCGCCAACGUCUAAAUAAUGACUGCAACCAUAUGGAACAAGCACUUAAACCGAUUUGCUCCAAUUUGCCAGAUUUAGGCAAUUCUGCUCGCUUACUACGUGCAAUGUCGUUCUUAAUUGUACAACCUCCUCAAGAAUUGGUGAAGCAAAGUGUGGGUAAUGAUUCACUGGUGCCCAGCUAUAUUGUGUUGUUUCUAUUGUUCGGUCAUGCCAGUGCCGAACUUCAGAGUCCGCAUACCACCGCGAAUUGGUCGAAUGAACGUUUGAUGGAAUGGUUAGAUGGGCAUACAUCGGACCGUGAAAAGUUAGAAUUGAUAUCAGGUGCAUUGCAACGUUACCGUGAUCAAGUUCGAAGGAAAAAGAGUGAACAGUACGAUGAUGUGUAUCCACUAAUGGUUGAAUUUUUUGAAAAGGCUCUAAAAUCAUAAUAUAAUUGAGUGUUGCGUCUGCUCAAUUUCGUAAUAUUAUUUAAUCGUUCGUUUAAUUGUAAUUGUUAUAUAAAUUUAAUAAUAUGUUGUAUGAAAAACAUAACCAAAAAUAAGAAGAGACGCUAUAAUACCUUUAAUUGGAGCAUUUCUUAGCAAAAAAGCGUAUAAAAAUAUCUUUAAUUCGAUUUUGUUUAGUCAGUUUGUGUGACAACUAUAUGUUAUAGUGGUACGAUAUCGGCGACUCAGAUAAAAAAGAGCUUCUUGGGAAGAAAAGAAUGUGGGCAUUGAAUCAGAAAAUAUAGGUGAACCACAAUUUGAAAAAUAUGACAAUAUCAGACGAAGUUCGUGUGUUAAGGCAACAGUAAUAUGCCUUUUACGUGUAGCUGCAUUCCGAAAGUUUAUAUUAGCUGAAGUGUGCCGGGUGGAACAGUGUGAUAAACUACCAUUAUACGAUAAUCAUGACCAACCAAUGCCAAUGCAAUCUUUGUAUGGAUAAUAAUUUGCGUUGAGUGGCAUUUAAGGCAACAAACAAAGGAAUUGCAUACUAGUGACAACGUACACCAAUUUCUUGGUCAUAACUAAAACAACGGUAGUUUCACAAGCUGGAAAUAUUAUCUACCAUUUCCUAUAACCAGACGGUGCCAGCGCAAUCCAUCUGAAUUUAUUUGAAUUUUCCGCAGACAACGAUCGUGCUCAAACUAGCCGUAUUGUCGUUGCUAUAGUUAGGGAUGUGUCAGAACAUUCUGUAAGCGCAAUUGCAAUACCAUCAUACCAAUACCAUGGUUUCUACGAAAACAUGCCAUCAGAAACUGCUUGGCGAAAAGUUCAUUAUGCUCUCAACUAAAAGCAUACUAACCUCACUGUCUAGAUGUUCGUUCGGAGGCAUCGAGACAUCCUGUUAUAGUCCGGAGUGCAGUGCUCUGGCAUAUCUGAAGCUUCCUCGUCUGAGUUUCACUGCAGCGUAGUUAAGGACCGGCCAGCUGAUUGUCUGUAUGUUGCCAUUCAACAACAUUUCUUUGUCUUUUCCACAUGUGCUGCCGGCUAGUGCAGUGAGGAUUUCGUCGCCGUCGUGUGAGGAGUGAAGGAACACAGGCUGUCAAAACCUAAAAUCUUAGGAUUAUUGACAGUCGCAAUCUUAAUUCGGGAACCGUUCACACGACAGCCAGGUCUAAGUAACCGGAACGUAUCCGGAUUUUUAUCUGGCCAAGGACUGUCAACUCGGCAUCAUUCCUCGAAAUUACUUAAGGAAUGGAUUCUGCCACUACAAUAAGUACUACUAUUGGUUCGGUGCAACCGAAGUCAAGGUUUUUUACGCUUUUAAUUGUAAGAGAUCAGCAAAGUUCAACGUGCUAACUGGUGAAUAAUCAAUAAUAACAUAAGACAUAUAUAUAUUUGAUAUCAUUAUUGUUUUGCUUUGGGUAAAAUAGUUUGAAUACAAAAAUUUCUUAAUUAAAAGCUAUAAUAAAUUCAACUUUAAGAAUAUUCCAUUAUGUUCUUACGUUCAUACAUACAUACUUAACUACCGGUAAUUUAGAAAACAUACGUAAUUAUAGGUACUUCUGCAACAAGCAUUAAUUUGUAUGCACAAGUUGCUAAUAAAGCGGUGUCUUGGAUAUUUUAAGACUCAAAAAAAUGGUUACGCAACUAUGUGUUAAAAAGUCUGCUGAAUACUUAUUCUAUAACAGAUUUACUAGGACUCAGGAAAAAAGAUCAAAUAUGGAAUAAGUGUAUAUAAUAUUUUGUCAUGUACUGCAAAAAAAAUAAUAGAAAUAAUUUUCGCUUUAGGAAUAUGUAAAUAGCUUUUGUAUGCGUAUAUAUGUUUGUAUAUGAAAACUGUCAUAGAAUAUGAAAAUAAGAAACCCGAGUCCCUGUAGUUAUUUUCACAGUCUUAUCUUACUUUUUCAAUAAAACAUUGAUUACGUUUUGU